GACCUCCAAAGUCAGGCGAUAAACUUCAAUAAGAUAAGAUGAAAAAGGAAAUAAAAUGAAGCGGAGUUUCCUAUCUGCCACAAUAAUUUAAAACUCUUCGAAGUAUAGUUUUCGAAUACCGAACUCGCCUUUAGGACAAAAGUAAAAGGCAUCAAUCAUGUCUGGGGAAAUGGCUUCACCUUCUGAAAUGCCUGCGUCGCAGUUUGUGGAUGGAUUUCAACUUCCUGCCAUGUUCUCGGCUGAUGCGUUCCGUUCCGUCGUCCAGUACAAACCAAGAGACGAUGACGUCUUCAUUGUCACUUAUCCCAAAUGUGGAACCACAUGGACUCAACAUAUUGCACUGCUGAUUUUCCGACUUGGCAAACCUGCAGAUACACAGAUGGAAUUUUUCAAUGCUGCGCCAUUUCUGGAAAUAACAGGUGCAAAAGCAGCAGAAACUAUGCCUAGACCUGGAGCUUUAAAGAUUCAUCUCCCUUUCCAUUUGACUCCAUGGUCUGAUAAAGCCAAGUACAUUUAUGUUACCAGAAAUCCUAAAGAUUGCUGCGUUUCAUAUUAUCACCACAUGAAAAAUAUUCCAGGCCACGGAUUCAAAGGAACAUUCGACCAGUUCUUCGAACUUUUUCUUUCUGGAAAGAUCGACUACGGAGAUUAUUUCGACCAUCUCAUGGGAUGGUAUGAACACAGAAACGAUCCCAACGUACUUUUCCUUACCUACGAACAAAUGAAAGAGAAUCCAGAAGCAUCAGUCUUGAAAUUGGCUUCUUUUAUUGAUGAAGAAAAGUUCGCCAAGCCGCUGAGAGAGGACCCCGAAAAGCUACAGAACGUACUCAAGUACAGUAGUUUCAAACACAUGAAGGAGAGCUUCAACAAAGGCAUGAACGAACUUUUCACAAUGUCUCCAGAAGAAAUUAUGAAAUCUGACCUUCCAGAGACGAUGAAGAAAAUGUUGGCUGCAACGGAGCAACAGCCGAAGGAAAAGCCUACUGGAAUAAAUUUUAUUAGAAAAGGUAUCACUGGAGAUUGGAAGAAUUACUUCAAUGAAGAUCAGAGCAGACGCAUGGACGAAAAAUUUGCUGAAAGAACAAAAGGCACCGAUCUUCCCGAUUUGUGGAAGAAUUAUAUGUAAUAUAUGUUUUCAUAUACAUUUAUUGUUGUUGAAAAGAAGUUCCAAAAAAUUGAUCAUAAAUCUACAAGCGUUUUAAUCGUCCUCUUCUAAAUAAAUAAAAAAUUUCAUUCA